UCGUCUUCCAGACCAACACUGCCUGUGCUGCAGUGUAGGAAACAGGAAAAUAUACAAGGGAUGAUUGACAGCAUGGCGUCAAAAAGCUAUCCUGAAGCACAACGCCCUCCACCUGCACGAACAGUUUUAUUUCAGCAGAAGGAUGGCAAAACUUACAGAAUUCCUGCUUUAAUUUACAUCAGUGAUGGUCAGACGUUCCUUGCCUUUGCUGAAGAGCGCAGCACUCCACGUGACAGUGAUGCAAAAGUGUUGGUCAUGAGGAAGGGAUCAAUGCACAAUGGAUCACUUCAAUGGACUUCUGCACAGACUCUCACUUCCGCCUGUUUGCCGGAUUAUCGCACUAUGAAUCCUUGUCCAGUCUAUGAGAGGAAAUCCAAAACCAUCUAUCUCUUCUUUAUCUGCAUAUCAGGCAAUACCACAGAGUAUCACCAGAUUGCCAUGGGUAGAAACCGAGCCCGACUGUGUUACAUCACGAGUGCAGACUUUGGCGAGACCUGGAGCGAGUUAACAGAUUUAACAAACAGUGUUAUUGGAGAUGAGAUUCACAACUGGGCUACAUUUGCAGUUGGACCAGGACAUGGAAUUCAGAUGAAAAGCGGAAGACUAAUCAUUCCGGCGUAUGUUUAUUACGUGCAUUGCAGGUGUUUUCCCUUUCAUUUUCCUCUCAUAGUCAGGCCUCAUGCCUUAUCGUUCUAUAGUGAUGACUGUGGCGUCACCUGGCAGAUGGGAGGAAAAAUCCGAAUGAAAUCCUGUGAAUGUGAGAUGGCUGAGAUCAUAGAUCAUGCCGAUCAGAGUCAUCUGUACUGCAAUGCUCGUAGUACAUGUGGCCACAGAAUAGAGGCUUUAAGUGAAACCAGCGGAGCAGCUUUUGACAAUCCUCAUGUUGCACAGAAACUGGUGGAGCCACGGCACGGCUGUCAGGGAAGCGUGUUGAGCUUCCAUGUUCCUCAGCCAUUGGAUGAAGACGAGGAGAAGAAGCCAACUGAUUGCUUGACACAGUCAGACUCUAAAACGUGGUUACUCUAUUCUCAUCCGACUAAUAAGAAGAAACGGAAGGAUCUUGGAGUUUACUUGAAUCAGUCACCCUUGAAUGCGUCUGGUUGGGGCAGACCGUGGAUCAUUUAUAAGGGUCCCAGUGGAUACUCGGACUUGACACAGUGUGAGGAGCGAUUUGCUUGCCUCAUGGAGUGUGGAGAGAAAAGUGAGAUUGAGGGGAUAGCAUUUGUGGAAUUUAAACUCAAUGAUUUAUUAUGCACUUGAAAUGAUGAAUGCGUAAACUUUUAGGACUUAUUAUGAGAUCUUUCUACUGUAGGAUUUGCAUCUUGUUGCAGGAUUAAAAGAAAUACAGAUGACAGAGUUCGUACGGGUGCUGGAAAUUCUUGAUAAUGCAUCCAUUUUAAUCUAGUGUUUUCAAGGUUUAAAAUGUUUUGAUUUUGGAUAAAGUGCUUGAAACUGCUUUAAAAUGAAAUUGUUUUGCUUUCAUUAUAAUUGAUCUUAUUAAAUAGGUGAUAAUAAUGAAUUAUUGAAAUAUAAAAUAAAUAUUUUUUGCUUUAGCAUGAAAUGAAAACAAAAUGCAUAGAGAUGACCAUUUUAUGAGUGAGCCAUGCAUGUAGUUAAAAUAAUUAACAUUUAAGAUGAAAGAUGACACAUUUAAGAUGUGAUUAAAUGACAUUUAAGAGAGUAAAUGAGAGUAAUACAGUGUUGGUCUUAAGGCAAACAUGCCAUCAAUUUUUUUCCUUAGAAUAAAUAUUGUACACUAUAAAAUACUAUAACAAGCAAAGCAAGGCACGUUUAUUUAUAUAGCACAUUUCAUACACAGUGGCAAUUCAAAGUGCUUUACAUAAACAAGAAUAAAAAAGACAAGUAUAAGAAAAAAAAGUAGCAUCUGAUAUAAUGUGAUGAAUUAAAUAUGUAAUUUUCAACACUUGUAUAAAGCUAAAAAAGAUUGAAAAUUCACCUGCAAAAUCUUGAAAAGUGCUUAAAUUUGAAAAUAAAAUUGAAAAAGGAGUAAAAACAACGACGUGAGAAAAUAACUGUAUUUUGAAUUUAGAUACAUUCAUCUCAAGUCAAUUCCUAACAUCUCAAACACGGUUUUUCAAAGCUGUAGACUUUAAUCUUCCAAAUCAUGUUUUUGUCUUAUCCUUUAUAAUCACUGUGAUAGGACUGUAUGGUUAUUCUCUUCUGCAAUGUAGUUCAGUGUUUGUAUGACACUCGGCAUAUCCAUAAACGCAGAAAUCAACUGUAAUUUUCUUCUGCAAGAUGCAUGCAGUUUUAUUUAUUAACAACAAGAUUAAGUAUGUUCUGCAGUGUUACAUGAAGCCAUUACUGCAAUCAUUAAAUUUUUAAAGUAUGUCUUUUAUUGGUACUAGCUUGAUAAGGCAUGAUUUAUGCCUUAUCCCUGUAUGCCCUAUGCCUGUAUACUGUGUUUAUUUGUGUUCUGUAUGUUGUCAAAUUAUUCACUAAGAAAGUGUCAAACUGUGAAUGCUAAAUUUAGCAUUACUAAUUGUGCUUGAACUCUUAAACUAUGGGAUUAUUUAUAUUCAUACAUGUAUUGUCAAAUACAAAAAAAAAUAUUAUUUAAAUAUAUUAUAAAAGUUUAAGAUACUUUGUCUAUGCUAUCUACCACUGGUUUAGGAUGCAACAUUUUCUUAGCACAACUGGUGGACGUAACGAUUUGUAUUAUUUUAUUGUCAGUAACUUUACAUCUGUAUGCCAUUGCUUUAUUUUAAAUUAAUUGUAAUUUCCUUUUGAAAUUUUGCCCUGGGCAAUAUUAUUUAUAACUGUUACAAACUGAUAUUAAUAUACACAAAGUCAGAUUUUUCAUGCCAUUAAAUUAUUCCUAAUAAAGAUGU